AUGUAUGUGAGAGGAGAAUGUAUGUAUGUAUGAGAGAGAAUAGUGGAAAAGGAAGUAAGUAUAGUGGAAAAGGAAGUCCAUCGUUUUUUGCGCUGUGAUUGGCUGAAAAGCUCAAGUGGGCGGGAUGUUCAGGUAACGGUUACCAUGGCAGGUGGAGAGGAGUCCCGAGCGCUUCAGCAAGCCAUUGGGGUUUUAAGAAGCAUCGUGUCAUCCCCAGAAACGGUCACAUGCUUAUCGUCGUCGCUUGAGCAGCAGGCGACAGGUUUAUCUGCACCAAACUUUACUCACAGCACUGUGGAAAGUGAGAUGAGACAACUUUUCAGACCUGCAAACUUCCAAGUCGCUUCGGCGGGACAAGCAGCUAACGCUAACGCUACACAAGGCCGAACUGGAGGAUUACGGCAGUCUUUGCGAUAUCAGACACGGACACACUUCGGCAACUGGAACUCCCGUUCAAGAAAAAGGGCAAAAACACACUUUCAUGAUACUUUCAACAAAGACAUCAUCCUCCUUCCAAAGCCAUCAAGCUGUGUCGUCGUCAAGCAUCGCACAAAGCAGCAGUUACAUGAACAUGGACAUAUAUUGAAUGGAUUUGAAUUCCAGAAAUCCUGGGAUCAGAAGACUGUCAUUGAACAAAUAAGGGAUGCCUUUGGAGAAAAAAUUCCUGCUGAUGUGAGCAUAGACUUUCUGAUGGCAUGUGGCAACAGAUUGAUUUCGCCCAAACUCCGUGCUGGACAGGAGCUGGAUGCAGUUCUCAUCCUUAAAGUAUAUAAAUCGAAAGCUCUUUACAUCAGGCCAUCAAAGCCAAUUUUGGAUGAUAUCACAGGCUACAGCAGUGAAGACAACAAUGGUGAGGAAAACACUGGUCCAGGAAGACAGCUGCGCUCAUCACUAAGAAAAGAUGGACACUUGUAUGCAUCUUCAGACAAUUUCACCAGUCCAACGACUGCCUCCCCAGAAUGUACAUCUGUAGUUGAAACUUUAACUGAAACUCCUGUCUUCACCUGCCAAAGCAGUAUGUCCCUCAACCACAGCAGCACUUCAGUAAGCAGUUCUUCUCGUCAGUUGCCAGUAAGCUCACUGGAAAGCUCCCCUUCCACCAGUCAGCUUUCUACGUCAUCAACUUCAGAUGAUCCAACUCUGGUCCUGACUUGCCAGAGCUCAAGCUCACACUACAGAAGUGGGACUCCAGCUAGUCAUUGUUCUGCAUUGCCCUCUACCUCAACACAUGGUCAGCUGUCAAACUAUGACAACUAUUUGUCAGUAAUGGCUGCACUUUUAGACGUGUCUUCUGAUGAUGAAGAACUGAACCAGGCUAUCCUCGCAAGCCUGCAGAGUGAAAGAAGGACCACAGAAUCUUCGGUGCCAGUGAGAGAUAUUUUGCAAGCUCUUUCAACAAAAAUAAACCACCAGAAGAAAUGCAAGUUCAACAUCAACCGAUCCACAGUCCUGGAUGGAGCCAUCAGGUUUUAAACAAGGGACAUAUGAUCCAUGCCACACUAUUUCGGUCAGAUUUUCUGAUGAUAUGGGAGUACCCGAGGAAGCUGUGGACUUGGGUGGACCAAGAAGAGAAUUUCUAAGACUUCUCAUGGAAGCUUUACCCCAGUCUUCAAUGUUUGAGGGAGAAGAAGGCAAAAUGAAUCUGGCCCUUGACAGUACUGCCAUGAGAGAGGACAGGUACUUCAUUGCAGGCAGAGCCAUAGCUGUAAGUCUGGUACAUGGCGGUCCUCCAGCAGGCUUCCUGUCCAACUGUCUUCUCUUGCCUUGUUGAUGGUCCAGAGUUGGCUAAACCAGUUUUGAAAGAUGUUGCAGAUAAUGACCUACGUGAAAAAAUUGAAAGGGUCAAAGAGUGUAAAUCAUUUGAAGAUCUGCAAGCUACAACAGAACCACUUGAGGAGUACUUGGCCAAUGCUGGCUGCCUGAGGCCACUGCGAAGGCUGGAAGACAAGCAUCUGCUUGUAGAC